AUGCAGCCUGAUGACUGGGCUGUGGGUGCCAUGGAGUGGAUUGACUCCUCCAUCAGAGCAUGGUGGCAUGAUGCUAACUCUGAAGAGUUAGAGAAUCUGAAUGUUGACAUCUUCAUUGGAGCCAACAGGCUGGGCUGGAAAUCUGUGAUGAAGGCCACCCUGUUGACCUCUUGCAUGAGCUCUGGGAUGGAGGCUGCCUUGUUGGCCACUAACAUGAGCUCUUCAGUGGAUGCUGCCCUGUUGACCUCUGAAGUGAGCUCUUGGGUGGAUGCUGUCCUGUUGGCCUCUGAAGUGAGCUCUUGGGUGGAGACUGCCCUGUUGGCAUCUGAAGUGAGCCCUUCGGUGGAGGCUGCCCUGUUGGCUUUCAGAGGGAGCUUUAGGGUGGAGGCUGCCCAGUUGACCUCUGAAGAGAGCUCUUGGGUGGAUGCUGCCCUGUUGGCAUCUGAAGUGAACUCUUCAGUGGAGGCUGCCCUGUCGGCUUCCGGAGGGAGCUCUAGGGUGGAUGCCACCCUGUUGGUCUCUGAAGUGAACUCUUGGGUGGAGGCUGCCCUGUCGGCUUCCGGAGGGAGCUCUUGGGUGGAGGCUGCUCUGUUGGUCUCCAAAGGGAGCUCUCGGGUGGAGGCUGCCCUGUUGGCCGCUGAAGGGAGCUGUCGGGUGGAUGCUGCCCUGUUGGCCUCUAAAGGUAGCUCUUGGGUGGAGGCUGCCCUGUUGGCCUCUGAAGUGAGCUCUUGGGUGGAUGCCGCCCUGUUGGCCUCUGAAGUGAGCUCUUCAGUGGAGGCUGCCCUGUCGGCUUCCGGAGGGAGCUCUAGGGUGGAUGCCACCCUGUUGGCCUCUGAAAUGAACUCUUGGGUGGAGGCUGCCCUGUCGGCUUCCGGAGGGAGCUCUCGGGUGGAGGCUGCCCUGUUGGCCGCUGGAGGGAGCUCUUGGGUGGAGGCUGCUCUGUUCGCCUCCAGAGGGAGCUCUAGGGUGGAGGCUGCCCUGUUGGCUGCUGGAGGGAGCUCUUGGGUGGAGGCUGCUCUGUUGGCCUCCAGAGGGAGCUCUCGGGUGGAGGCUGCUCUGUUGGCCUCCGGAGGGAGCUCUCGGGUGGAGGCUGCUCUGUUGGCCUCCAGAGGGAGCUCUCAGGUGGAGGCUGCCCUGUCGGCUUUCGGAGGGAGCUCUAGGGUGGAGGCUGCCCUGUUGGCCACUGAAGUGAGCUCUUGGGUGGAGGCUGCACUGUUGGCCUCCGAAGUGAACUCUUGGGUGGAUGCCGCCCUGUUGGCUUCUGAAGUGAACUCUCGGGUGGAUGCCGCCCUGUUGGCUUCUGAAGUGAACUCUCGGGUGGAUGCCGCCCUGUUGGCUUCUGAAGUGAACUCUCGGGUGGAUGCCGCCCUGUUGGCUUCUGAAGUGAACUCUUCAGUGGAGGCUGCCCUGUCGGCUUCCGGAGGGAGCUCUAGGGUGGAUGCCACCCUGUUGGUCUCUGAAGUGAACUCUUGGGUGGAGGCUGCCCUGUUGGCCUCUGAAGUGAGCUCUUCGGUGGAGGCUGCCCUGUCGGCUUCCGGAGGGAUCUCUUGGGUGGAGGCUGCUCUGUUGGUCUCCAAAGGGAGCUCUCGGGUGGAGGCUGCCCUGUUGGCCGCUGAAGGGAGCUGUCGGGUGGAUGCUGCCCUGUUGGCCUCUAAAGGUAGCUCUUGGGUGGAGGCUGCUCUGUUGGCCUCUGAAGUGAGCUCGAGGGUGGAUGCUGCCCUGCUGGCCUCUGAAGUGAGCCCUUCAGUGGAGGCUGCCCUGUCGGCUUUUGGAGGGAGAUCUAGGGUGGAGGCUGCCCUGUUGGCCUCUGAAAUGCUGCCCUCUGAAGUUAGCCCUUCAGUGGAGGCUGCCCUGUUGGCCUCUGAAGUGAGCUCUUGGGUGGAGGCUGCCCUGUUGGUCGCUGGAGGGAGCUCUUGGGUGGAGGCUGCUCUGUUGGCCUCCAGAGAGAGCUCUUGGGUGGAGGCUGCUCUGUUGGCCUCCAGAGGGAGCUCUCGGGUGGAGGCUGCCCUGUUGGCCUCCAGAGGGAGCUCUCGGGUGGAGGCUGCCCUGUUGGCCUCCGGAGGGAGCUCUCGGGUGGAGGCUGCCCUGUUGGCCUCCGGAGGGAGCUCUCGGGUGGAGGCUGCCCUGUUGGCCUCCGGAGGGAGCUCUCGGGUGGAGGCUGCCCUGUUGGCCUCCGGAGGGAGCUCUCGGGUGGAGGCUGCCCUGUUGGCCGCUGGAGGGAGCUCUCGGGUGGAGGCUGCCCUGUUGGCCGCUGGAGGGAGCUCUCGGGUGGAGGCUGCCCUGUUGGCCGCUGGAGGGAGCUCUCGGGUGGAGGCUGCUCUGUUGGCCUCCAGAGGGAGCGCUCAGGUGAAGGCUGCCCUGUCGGCUUUCGGAGGGAGCUCUAGGGUGGAGGCUGCCCUGUCGGCCUCUGAAGUGAGCUCUUGGGUGGAGGCUGCCCUGUUGGCCUCUGAAGUGAGCUCUUGGGUGGAUGCCGCCCUGUUGGCCUCUGAAGUGAGCUCUUCAGUGGAGGCUGCCCUGUCGGCUUCCGGAGGGAGCUCUAGGGUGGAUGCCACCCUGUUGGCCUCUGAAGUGAACUCUUGGGUGGAGGCUGCCCUGUCGGCUUCCGGAGGGAGCUCUCGGGUGGAGGCUGCCCUGUUGGCCGCUGGAGGGAGCUCUCGGGUGGAGGCUGCUCGGUUCGCCUCCAGAGGGAGCUCUCGGGUGGAGGCUGCCCUGUCGGCUUUCGGAGGGAGCUCUAGGGUGGAGGCUGCCCUGUUGGCCUCUGAAGUGAACUCUUGGGUGGAGGCUGCCCUGUCGGCUUCCGGAGGGAGCUCUCGGGUGGAGGCUGCCCUGUUGGCCUCUGAAGUGAACUCUUGGGUGGAGGCUGCCCUGUCGGCUUCCGGAGGGAGCUCUCGGGUGGAGGCUGCCCUGUUGGCCGCUGGAGGGAGCUCUCGGGUGGAGGCUGCUCGGUUCGCCUCCAGAGGGAGCUCUCGGGUGGAGGCUGCCCUGUCGGCUUUCGGAGGGAGCUCUAGGGUGGAGGCUGCCCUGUUGGCCGCUGGAGGGAGCUCUUGGGUGGAGGCUGCUCUGUUGGCCUCCGGAGGGAGCUCUCGGGUGGAGGCUGCCCUGUUGGCCUCCGGAGGGAGCUCUCGGGUGGAGGCUGCCCUGUUGGCCUCCGGAGGGAGCUCUUGGGUGGAGGCUGCCCUGUUGGCCUCUGAAGUGAGCUCUUCGGUGGAGGCUGCCCUGUCGGCUUCCGGAGGGAGCUCUUGGGUGGAGGCUGCUCUGUUGGCCUCCAGAGGGAGCUCUCAGGUGGAGGCUGCUCUGUUGGCCUCCAGAGGGAGCUCUCAGGUGGAGGCUGCCCUGUCGGCUUUCGGAGGGAGCUCUAGGGUGGAGGCUGCCCUGUUGGCCACUGAAGUGAGCUCUUGGGUGGAGGCUGCCCUGUUGGCCUUUGAAGUGAGCUCUUGGGUGGAGGCUGCACUGUUGGCCUCCGAAGUGAACUCUUGGGUGGAUGCCGCCCUGUUGGCUUCUGAAGUGAACUCUCGGGUGGAUGCCGCCCUGUUGGCUUCUGAAGUGAACUCUCAGGUGGAUGCCGCCCUGUUGGCUUCUGAAGUGAACUCUCGGGUGGAUGCCGCCCUGUUGGCUUCUGAAGUGAACUCUCGGGUGGAUGCCGCCCUGUUGGCUUCUGAAGUGUGCUUGAGAGUGGAUGCUGCCCUGUUGGCCUCUGAAGUGAUAUUGAGGGUGGAUGCUGCCCUGCUGGCCUCUGAAGUGAGCUCUUGGGUGGAGGCUGCCCGAUCAGCCUCUGGAGGCUCCAUGCUGGUUUCAGCCAUCCCUCCCCAGCUUUCUUGCUGCAUCCAUUAUUUCCAGCAAAGUUUUCUGUUAGGUUAG